GGGUUGGCAUGGGGUUCUUUGUCCACCCCGCAGCUGAGAGCCCACACCCUUCCUCCCUUUCCUGAAGGCACAUCCUUGAGAGUGCCGGGCAGCUCGGAGACAUGGGGCUUUUCCAUGGUCCCAGAGUCCUGGGAAAAGGCAGUGACCUGAGCAUGGGCGGGCAGAACUGCGGGGCCAGGCCGGGCUUCAGGCCUGCAUUCUCCUCUGACCCACUCAGCUGCCUCUGUGGAGUUUUCCACAGCAGGCCCCCUUGGCUUCCUCCUCCCCGCCCUCCCCUCCCUUUGUCUUCCUGUGGCCUCCCCUUCCUCCUACCUCCUCCUCUGGGGAGGGGGAGCCCGGUGGGGGAAGGAAUCCUGCAUCUGGCAUGGAGUAGGCGGGGGUCCCAGGAGAGGUCAGAGCCUAGGGUGCCCCAGCUCUCGCCUGUGGGCUGGAAGGUCAGGACUCAGCCCCACCUGGCCAGCUUCACCCCCUCGUGCCAGGCCCGGCAUGGGCCUGUUUUGCUUCACCGCAUACCUCUCGUUCCACAGCCCAGGCCAGCACAGGAGUGGGGAGGAGACACCUGAGGGGAGGCCGGAGAAGCAGCCCAGCAGGGCUGUGGGGCCAGGGAGGUGUGCAGCCAGCGCUGAUGGCCCCCAGGGACAGAGCCCUAGGGAACCGGAGCAGGAGAUGAGAGUGUCUGCCCUGGGACAGGUGCUCUGCACUGGCUCAGGAUGGGGAACAGAGGCUGCUAAUCCAUCAUCAUUAACGAAUAGAGUGGGUGACAGUCCCUGAUAACUGGGAACAGGUUGCAGAGCUUAGCCACAGGAUCACGCUCCAGGCUGUUGGCAGCAGGACCAGGCUCAAUGCUGAGUCAAAGAUCAACUUAGGAGGAAAUUCGAGUUUUGGGUGAGAGCAACUCCCUGGUGGCCUCACUCAGCCCUGCGACACUCACAGGACAGUCCCCGGUGCCAAGCGCUGGUUAUGUGUGGGGGACUUGACUCCCUGGUCCAAAUGAGGUCUCAGUGUGUUGCCCAGGCUGGUCUUGAACUCCUGAGUUCAAGCAGUCCUCUCAGCUCAGCCUCCCAAAGUGCUAGGAUUACAGGCGAGAGCCACUGCGCCCGGCCCCUGGUCCCAGUUCUCACCACAGCCCCUGCAGUAAGCAGUCGGGUCUGUCACCGACAGAGCAGAAGCUCAGGGGACUAAAACUCCCUGCCUGAGUUCCCUGGUGAAUGGAUGGUGGGGCUGAGUUCUAGCCCAGGCUGGAUGGAGCCCAGAGCUGUGGGUCUCCCAGCCUCCUGUCCCCUCAUUCCAGCUUGAUCUUCCUUAAGAGACUCACAUGCCCCAAGCCCUCGGUCUGAGUAUCUUAGAUUGUUCUCACGGUCCCUCCAUCCUUCUCCACUGAAGGCUGCUGUUCAUUCUCUCUCUGUCUCUGUCCCUUGUUGCUCUCACGUCUAUCUCUGUCAUCUUUUCACUCCUUGUCCCUCUUACUCCGUUCUUUGGCCCCCAAUGAAAGCUGAGUCAGAGACAGACGCUUCCCCUCAGUUCCCAAUGCCUCCCUUGGGGGCCCCUCCUUGGCUGUAUCCGUCAGUGGCUCCAGGCUGCCGCGCGCAGGCUUAGCUCAUUCCUCUGACCUGCCAGGAAGCAGAGAGACCCAGAGAGCAGGAGGGAAGCAGAAACCUGGAGGCAGAAAGUGGAGACGGACCUGAGCCCGAGGAAGAGGCAGGCAGAGGCCAAGGCCGAUUCCACCCUAGCCUGCUGGGACAACCCUCCUUAGCCGCAGCCCCUUCCAGUUCCCUAGGGGUUCCGCCCCUCCCCCUCUCUGGGGCACCAGCCCCCCAGGGUCCUGCAUCCCACCAUGUCGAUGGCUGUGGAAACCUUUGGCUUCUUCAUGGCAGCUGUGGGGCUGCUGAUGCUGGGGGUGACUCUGCCAAACAGCUACUGGCGAGUGUCCACCGUGCACGGGAACGUCAUCACCACCAACACCAUCUUCGAGAACCUCUGGUUUAGCUGUGCCACUGACUCCCUGGGCGUCUACAACUGCUGGGAGUUCCCGUCCAUGCUGGCUCUCUCUGGGUAUAUUCAGGCCUGCCGGGCACUCAUGAUCACCGCCAUCCUCCUGGGCUUCCUCGGCCUCUUGCUAGGCAUAGCGGGCCUGCGCUGCACCAACAUUGGGGGCCUGGAGCUCUCCAGGAAAGCCAAGCUGGCGGCCACCGCAGGGGCCCUCCACAUUCUGGCCGGUAUCUGCGGGAUGGUGGCCAUCUCCUGGUACGCCUUCAACAUCACCCGGGACUUCUUCGACCCCUUGUACCCCGGAACCAAGUACGAGCUGGGCCCCGCCCUCUACCUGGGCUGGAGCGCCUCCCUGAUCUCCAUCCUGGGUGGCCUCUGCCUCUGCUCCACCUGCUGCUGCGGCUCUGACGAGGACCCAGCCGCCAGUGCCCGGCGGCCCUACCAGGCUCCAGUGUCCGUGAUGCCCGUCGCCACCUCGGACCAAGAAGGCGACAGCAGCUUUGGCAAAUACGGCAGAAACGCCUACGUGUAGCAGCUCUGGCCCGUGGGUCCCACUGUCCUUCCCACUGCCCAAAGGAGAGGGGUCCUGGCCGGGGCCCAUUCCCCUGUAGUAACCUAAGGGGCCGGCCACGCCCCGCUCCCGGAGCCCCGCCCCGGCCACGCACCCGUGUCUUGCACUCCCGCGGCCCCUCCAAGCCAAGAACUGCUCUUGGGAAGUCGCAUAUCUCCCCCUGAGGCUGGAUCCCUCAUCUUCUGACCCUGGGUUCUGGGCUGUGAAGGGGAUGGAGGUGUCCCCGCACGUUUGUAUUCUGUAUAAAUACAUUCAUUAAUAAAUGUAUAUUGUGACCGUUCA